AACGGGAAGUAAGCCAAAGCUUCUGAAGCUUGGUGUGCCGCCUUUUUAGUCUGAGUUUUCCCGAUCAGGUACUCUACUAGUCCACCAGUGACCCUGGACAGUCACAAAGCACACACAGCCCGAACCCACCUCCCGCCACCAUCGUAGGUUCUGUACCUCACAUGGGAAUCAGUAAACCAUGGCAUCUAAGAAAUUUGCCGUUAAAUGUGAGAAGUUCGCAGUCCUGGUGGAUCUUCAUGUAUUACCACAAGGUUCUAACAGAGAUUCCAGUUGGUUUUCUGAACAGAAGAAAGAGGAAGUUUGUUUGCUGUUAAAAGAAACCAUUGAUUCCAGAGUUAAGGAGUACGUGGGCAUUUCUAAACAACACAGGCCAUCAAGUGCAGAAUUCACAAGAUCCAGUCCCUUGUCCUUAAAAGGUUAUGGCUUUCAGAUCACAGCUUAUUUCCUCAAGAGAGGGAUACACCUUCGUUGUAUCCAGAGCUCCCAGAAUACUGAACUUCGUAUAUUUCCUGAGAGAUUUGUGGUGUGUGUUAGUCAGCUUGCAUUUGGUCAUGAUACUUGGGCAAACCAGAAUGAAAAAUCGACAAAAAAAGCCCUCCAUGGAAUAUCUGAUUAUUUUGCUGAGUGUGCGGAGAGUUCGCCUUCUCCUGGUACGAAGCUCAAGAGGAACGCUCUGAAGGAAAUUGUGAGAAGAACUAAAUCAAAAGGCACUGAUGUGAGCAAACCACAGCUCAGCGAGGACCUCGUGGGAAGAUCUAGUGACUCAGUAAUUACUGUGGUACCACGGAGGAGGGAUGCCUCAGCCAUUCUCCUGUCAGAAUCUGUGGGUCAAGCACAAGAUGACAUAAGAGCAGCCAAGAGCCACCAGGAGCUUCCUGUUCAAAAGCUGGAAAAUGUUUCUCAGACUCAGCCAGGAGACACUCUCAGCCAGCAGCAACUUCAUCCUGGGGAGUGGUUAAAGACGGGGCUUCUAAGCAGGAGCCCUGCGUAUAACUAUGAGUCAGCAUCACCAGGUCCAAAGCAAAGUCUGAGAGCAGCCAAGACACAGCAGAAACACAGGAAUUGUGGCUCUGUGGAAGACUCUGACCACCGCAGGAGAGUUUCUCUUGGAAAUGAAGGAUUAGUCCCAGAGGACGCGGCCGGGGAAAGAAGCACAGCUGUCAGGGGUUUGCCAGCCUUAGAGUUGUCAGAUCCUGGGUUGCUUUUGAAACAAGAUUUGGCAAAAGCCACAGCUAAUGAAGAGCUACAUGCUUUGGAAAAUCUCUCCUCCAGACAUCUUAUGACAAACAACCCGGGGCAGGCACAGCAAACCGGCUCAGCCGAAAUUACUGAACGAUUAGCUACAGUUCAGGGCGGCCCCAGCAAAAAAAGAAAGAAACUGCAAAGUUACAACAGAGGAUGUAGUGGCAAGAAAAACUGAGUAUACAGUACCUAGGGUACUGGAAAGAAUCAGGGCAAUUACUUUAAAUAAAUAGAUAUUUAGGAGCUAAAGUUACGUCUCAGCUUUUAAGAGCACUUAGUGCUCUUGCAGAGGACACAAGUUUAGGUUCCAAGCGCCUACAAGGUGACUCACAACCAUCGUGAACUCUAGAUCCAGAAGGCCCAGCACACUCUCUACCUCCAUGAGCACCAGGCAUGUGCAUGGCAUGCAUAUAUACCAGGCAAAGCACACAUAUAUGUAAAUCUUUUUGUAAAACUGUUUGUGUUGGAAUUGACCUUCACAGUCACCUUCUGGAGGCUGUUUUCCUAACAGGCUUGUUAGUUUCUCAUCCUUUUAUAACUGUCUCCAGAAAAUACUAUGUUGACAAAGAGCCAUCCACUGGUCAAGGAGUAAACUAUGUAUCUAGGACCCCAAGGAGAAAUCAGUAAUGGUAGCAUUCUCACCCCAUCACUAUGAAGACCUCCUGAUGGGGGAUGGGGGGAGGGUGGAGAGAGAUAGUCCCAGGUACUUCAGGCCAGUUCUUGGGCUGCAGUCCUCUUACUCCUCAAACUGAGUACCUGACAGUAAGAAUAAGUCAGCGGUCUCAGCAUGGGAUUCUGUGAGGAAUGCAGGUAUUUGGGUCUCAGACCUAGGGGAUGAGGAACUGUGAUUCUAAAAUGAACUAAAGUUGAAAACAGCUCCCUAGAACUUAGAUCCUACAGCCUAGUUACCAUGGCUUCCACCAGCUGGGGACAUAUGUGGACAUGUAUACCCCUGUGCUUCCUUCAGACUGGUCAAGUAUUUAGAUUGGAUUUGGGAUGUGAAGCACUUUGUUCCCAGGUUCUAUUAUGUACUCUAGGAUGGACACAACGCCUAGGGAGCUCUUGUACCUGGAGUUGCCAGAAAUGUAUGGAUAAUUCAUUCCAGUCUGAGGUGAAGACAUGGAAGAGGUGUGUCCUGUGUAGCACAAGUUUGACCCUGUCCUUGUCCACACCUCCCAUAUUCUGUUUGCAGUUAAGACAGACCAGAAUCCAAAGUGAGGGCAGUGGCCGUUCCAGUUCCCAAUUUGGAAAAUUUCCCAGGGUAUUUAAAUGUUCUCUUCAGUUGUGUAGCCAGCCCUCAAGAAAGACAGGAAGCCAGAGUUGUCAUCCUGGACACUUCAUCUGCUCACCCCAACCUCAAAGGACCAGAAACUGCUUGCUGCUGUCCCUUUCCUUUCCCACCUAGCUUUUUUUGUUUUCUGGAGAGCUGAUUCCAAGAUGUUGAAUCCUCAGUGUAAGCAUGAGUAGUCACCAUUUGUACAGAGCCAAGAUAUUCUGACCUGGAAUCGACGGGAUUUUAAUUGUUUAAUGUCAUAUUCUGUACUUAAUUGUACUUAUACGAAGGAUGUGCUUUCAAGUUUCAAGAAAUGUUUUGCUUUUCAAAUCUGUUCCAUUAUAGGAAAUAAUGAUAAUUGUGACCAAUGAUUUUAAAAAAAUAGUAUGUUAGGGUUAUAGAUAGAUGUGGCUUUGUAGCAGCCUUCAUGCACAAUGGAUUUGAACAGGAUUAGCAGAUCUCUGGGCUCCCAUACUCUGCCAUAUGUUUAAGGAAUUUUGCCCUUAAUCAUUUUUCUUCAGCAUGUUUGAAACACCUCUCCAUCUCCUUUUCUUGAAUGAUUUUACAAUUGCUUGAAUAUAUGGAUAAAGGGGGCAAAUUAAUCCCCAAUGUUUUGUUACUUAUCAGGUAGGACAUGAAGUUUUGUCUACCGUUGGAAAUGGUAUGAGUUUUUAUAUUCUUAAUUACUGUAAAAAUUUAGCAUUUGAAAGUCUGAGACACUGUCAGGAUUGAUAGUCAAAACCAAGUUCUUCAACCCUUUCAUCCUCCAAAUCAAAUUUAUAUUCAGGUCCCUGUGAUUCUGAUACUUAGAGGAAACAUUCAUCUAAUUCCAUUGAUGAUUAAACUUAAGACAUUCCUCAUUAUCUGAGAUGCUAAGCCACCUCCAUGUACUAUCAAAUGACAUUUUAAUAGGUGAAAGCUAUUUAGGUCUUUUUGUAUUUUCUUUUCUUUCUCCCUC